CCUGUACCAUGUGACCUCUGUGAUCAUUCACAGAUUUCACACGUAGUAAGCAAUGAUGUCAGAAGUGACAUCUUGCUUACUACUCUGCAUGUGACCACUGAUUGGCCAAUCAGUGAUCACAUGAUCGGGACCUCGCACAGAGGUCCCAUACAACGAUCGGUGUUCCACUGUGGAUCGCGCGCGCACAAGUAGGGUGCGGGGAGGUCGUUUAUAAACGGCCACCCGACCCUGCACUGCCACCGUCUUGCCGUUUUAUACAUGGUCUGGACGGGAAGUGGUUAAAGAUGUAGGGGCUGGAGGAUAUGUAUAUGU